CUAUACACAUGUUAAGAUGCCUGUAAAGACACCAAGGGUUGCUGAAAAGAAGAUGCUGGAUGUUGGGAAAUGGCCAUUAUUUGCUCUCCACUCUCAAGAAGAAUUGAAGUUAAUUCGUCAGGUUUGCGUAUUUGGCAGUGCUGGCAAUGAAGCACUUUAUGCAACUGAAAAUGAUGAGGUUUUUGCUUUAGGCACUAACUGCAGCGGAUGUUUAGGAAUUGGUGAUGUACAGAGCAACAUUGAACCUCGAAGAAUAGAUAUUUUAUGUGGCAAAAAAUUAGCUUCCCUCAGUUAUGGAAGUGGACCUCAUGUUGUUCUGGCUACUACUGAAGGAGAAGUAUAUGCUUGGGGUCAUAAUGCUUACAGUCAAGUGGGAAAUGGAACAACCAGUCAUAGCUACAUUCCUUGCCAAAUCUCCACCAACUUGGUAAACAAAAAAGUAAUUGAAGUUGCCUGUGGCUCCCAUCAUUCAAUGGUAUUGACUGCUGACGGUGAGGUAUAUUCAUGGGGUUAUAAUAAUUCAGGACAAAUUGGAUCUGGUUCAACAGCCAAUCAGCCUAUUCCUCGAAGAGUUACUGGCUGCUUACAAAACAAGAUAGCAAUUAACAUUGCUUGUGGUCAGAUGUGCUCAAUGGCUGUGAUAGAAAAUGGUGAGGUUUAUGUUUGGGGUUAUAAUGGUAAUGGACAGCUUGGAUUAGGCAAUGGUGGCAAUCAGCCGACACCAUGCAGAAUAGCAGCUUUACAGGGCAUCCACGUGCAAAGGAUUGCCUGUGGCUAUGCACAUACCCUAGUGUUAACAGAUGAAGGCCAUGUCUAUGCUUGGGGAGCCAAUUCUUAUGGCCAGCUGGGAACUGGCAAUAGGAGUAACCAGACGUACCCUCUGCUGGUUACAGUACAUCAAGACAGAAUUCUAGAGAUUGCAGCAUGUCACUCUACUCACACCUCUGCUGCUAAAACCCAGGGUGGUGAUGUGUAUAUGUGGGGUCAGUGCCGGGGACAGUCCAUCAUUCUUCCAUUCCUCACCCACUUCGGUUGCACUGAUGAUGUGUUUGCUUGUUUUGCUACUCCUGCAGUGACUUGGCGUCUCCUUUCAGUAGAUCCUGAUGAUCACUUAACAAUAGCUCAGUCAAUAAAGAAGGAAUUUGACAACCCAGAUAAUGCUGAUUUGAGGUUUCAAGUCGAUGGAAAAUACAUUUAUGUUCAUAAAGUGCUCCUCAAAAUUAGGUGUGAACAUUUUCAUUCAAUUCUGAACAAUGGUAAUGAGGAAAUCAUAGAAAUAAGUGAAUUCUCAUAUCCUGUUUACCGAGCAUUUUUGGAAUAUCUUUAUACGGAUAACAUCAGUCUCCCUCCUGAAGAUGCCAUAGGCCUGUUAGACUUGGCAAGCUUCUAUAGAGACAACCGACUAAAGAAGCUUUGCCAACAAACAAUUAAGCAAGGCAUUUCUGAAGAGAAUGCAAUUGCUCUUCUAUCAACUGCGGUCAAGUAUGAGGCAAAGGAGCUAGAGGAAUUUUGCUUCCGGUUUUGCAUCAACCACCUGACUGUCGUUACUCAGUCUCCAGGUUUUGCAGAAAUGGACCAUGACCUCAUGAAGAACUUCAUAAGCAAAGCCAGCCGAGUCGGAGCAUUUAAAAACUGAAGUAAAACCCUUGCCUAAUGAAGAUCGUUUCAUUACCAUUACUUGUAUUUCUGAUGUCAUGAUAAUUUCCUCAUAAACCUAAUUUAAAAA